CCUGGUAACACACGUUGGCUCACCACCGGCAAGGCGUGACUCCUCGGCGAGGAAAAGUUGUGCGGGACUUCAAUAUUUUGAGCAUUCAAACUGAGGGCCGUUUUGGCCGCAUUUCGUCACACCUAGCGUUCAUGUGGGCCCAUGAGGAUGGCUGUUGACUCAUAGGGUGAAUUUUGUUUGCUGGAAGCACCUGCCUUUGGGAAUCAGCUUCCCCAUGCCUCAUGCAGUGCUUAAAAAGAUUCGGCUUUGGAACUCCCGUUUCUUGGGUAAACUUGAGCAUCCGCUUCCGUGUUCAAAUCAGAGCGUUGGCAGGCCUAAGACCAACUCUGUCUUCAUAUCUCUGCUGCAUCCAACAAGCAUCUCGCGGCCAUCACGCUCCGUUUCCCACAUUCCGCAUUGCAUCACGACUAGAAGCUGUUAGACGCUGUAUCCACCUCAAACGAAGCUUCGCCCCUCACCAAGCCAUCACAGUGCAACGCCGCCCAAUCUCCACCACAGAAACAGCACGACACAUGCCCACCAUGAGCGGCACCGCCGAAACGCUGGACAAGGCGUUAUCGUCGAGGUACAAGGCCUCGACGGAUUAUGCCAAGCAUGCCGAUGGGAUGGAAGUUCCCUACCUAAGCCAAGAUCCUCAUGAGAUCGCCACGCUCGUCAACGGCCUUGAUGAGGCAAGCAAGAAGGGUAAAAAGAAGGGCGGUUUCAGCGCGAAGAAGACAAAAUACGCCGUUGCUUCGUCGCCGACCGGCAUUACGGUCGACUCGUGGAGGUUCCAAGAGUGGGAUUACAAGCGCCGUGAUCUCCCAACUCACGCCCGUGGGCUGUUCACUACCAGGACCAAGUCUGGCGUUCCUGAAAUUGCCGUCCGUGGCUAUGACAAGUUCUUCAACAUCAACGAAGUCCGGGAGACAGAAUGGAACCACAUUAUAGAGAGGACCAAAGGUCCCUAUGAGCUUACGCUGAAGGAAAACGGCUGCAUCAUCUUCAUCAGCGGCCUCGAAGACGACACACUACUAGUCUGCAGCAAGCACUCGACCGGAGACCGAUCUGAUGUCGAGCUCAGCCAUGCGAACGUGGGGGAGCGUCACAUCGAGAAACAGCUGGAGCGUAUCGGCAAGACCAAGCAGGACUUGGCCCGGGAGCUGAGGAAGCGAAAUGCAACUGCCGUCGCCGAGCUCUGCGACGACAGCUUCGAGGAACACAUCCUCGCGUACGGCCCGGACAAGGCUGGCUUGUACCUACAUGGUAUCAACAUCAACCUUCCGGAGUUCAUGACCUACUCAGCCCCGCUUGUCCAGAAGUUCGCCGAAGACUGGGGUUUCAUCAAGACCGGGUGCAUCCUGAUUGACAAUAUCAACGAUGUCAAAGCCUUCCUCGAGGAGGUUGCUGAGACGGGCGCCCAUGAUGGCCGUGACGUUGAGGGGUUUGUCAUCCGGUGCAAGAUGACAACAAAUCCGGGUAAAGCCCCGUACCAGGACUGGUUCUUCAAGUACAAGUUUGAGGAGCCAUACUUGAUGUUCCGGCAAUGGCGAGAGGCCACCAAGGCGCUUAUCAGCGGUAAGCAGUUCAAACUCAGAAAGCACAUCAAGAUCACGGAGGAGUAUCUGCUGUACGCCCGGAAACGGCUCGCUGCGGACCGCGGCUUAAGGGAGGCCUACAUGCACAAUCACGGAAUCAUCCAACUACGCAACGACUUCUUGGCGUACAAGAACAUGAAGGGCAGUGAUGCCGCUAAUCUCGAAGACAUCAGUGGCUCCUCCACUGUUACGCGCGAUAUCGUCCUUGUCCCGGUCGCAACAAUCGGAUGUGGGAAGACCACAAUCGGGGUGGCACUUUCAAACCUAUUCAGAUGGGGCCACAUUCAAAACGACAACAUCACCGGACCAAGACGGCCGCCAAGAUUCACGAAGGCGGUCCUGGAUCAACUCGAAGAGUUUCCUGCCGUGUUUGCUGAUCGAAACAAUGCCAUGAAACACGAGCGUAAGCAGCUAAUACACGACGUCAAGAUGCAGCACGCGACAGCCAGGCUAGUUGCCUUGCACUUCGUUCACCACGACAUCGACACCGUCCGUCAGGUUACCCAAGACCGGGUGCUCCAGCGUGGAGACAACCAUCAGACCAUUCAGGCCGCCACGGAUAUGAACAAGGUCGUUGGCAUCAUGGAGGGUUUCAUCCAGCGUUUUGAGCCCUGCGAUCCAGAGAAGGAGCCGGACGCAGGGUUCGAUGCCGUCAUUGACUUGGACCCUACUGCUGGAAGCAGGGAGAACCUCGAGACCGUGAUCAAGCAGCUGCAUCGCCAGUACCCGAGCUUUAUCAAGGAGGUCCCGUCUGCUGAGGACAUGGACGCAGCCAUCAAGGCUGCGCUGGAAGGCUACAAACCUGACCUCCGUCACAUCAUCCCGGACCGCUCCAAGAAUGACAAAGGAGGCAAGAAUAAGCAGCAGCAGCAGCAGGCUGCCACCGAGAAAUCAAAGAAGAAGAAGCCUUUGGAGUACAUGUCGGUGGACGUUGACGCUAAGACCGUGCUCACCACCUUGGAGAAGACCUUUGCCCCCGCCCUUCCGGUCGAGAGAACGCGGUUUUUCAAACAACUCCAAGGCACCCGCCGGGUGCAGGCCAAAUUCCACGUCACACUCAUGCACCGCGCCUCCGCCAAGGACCACCCAGACCUCUGGCAGCGCUACACCUUUCUGCAGGAGACGGACGGCGCGAUCCACCCAGAUGGAAAGUUGGGCGAACUCGAGGUGCAGCUGGAGCGGGUCGUGUUCGACGACCGCAUCAUGGCUAUUGUUGUGCGCCUGGUCCCCGCUACCUCCGAAGACGAGAACAUCAAUGCCGACCACCCGGAGUUGCCGGCCCGGCCCAAGUGGGAGUGCGUCAACCGUGUGGCCCACAUCACGGUAGGAACGCGGGACGACUCGGUGAAGCCGAAGGAAAGCAAUGACUUGCUUGCGAGGUGGUUAGAGCAGGGCAGCGGGGAGGGGACAGGUAUCGGGGAAUUGCUGAUUGAAGGGAAGCCGCUUAUUAAGGGUAUCGUUAAGGGUGUGUUGGCGAGAUAGGACAACGAGACGUACCAGUCACGGUGUCGGGGAAGGUGGCGUCAAAUAGGAAGCGCUCUCUCAUGUGCAAGGGAGUGUCUGGAGGCUAAACAGACGGCCGGCUAUGCGGAAGAGUUCAUUUACGGCUUAUCCUUCCUCACGUACCCCCACUUGGAAGAGGAAAGCAUAUGU